GCCAGUUAGCACGAAACAGGCGUCCAAGAUGCCAAUAAUAAAACCGCUUCUGGUCGCACUCUUAUUAAUCAAUUCGGCGCGGUCGCAACAAAACAACGUUUCGAUCAUUAUUAUCGGGGCGGGAUCAUCAGGAAUCGCCGCUGCCACCAAACUAAUAAAGAACAACUUCACCAACAUCCAGAUAUUGGAAGCGGAAGACCGGAUCGGCGGUCGAAUCCAUAGCGUCCGGUUCGGAGACGCUUUUGUAGACCUCGGAGCGGAAUUUUGCCAUGGAGAAUCGGGAAAUGUCGUUUUUUCAAUGGUAAAAGACCUCAAACUCCUAAUGACCCCUAAACCGGAAUACGAGUUAUACUUUAGCGAAACCGGUGACGAUAUCGGAAUCGAUGUGAGCGAAUCCCUUUUCGACUUGGCCCACUCCAUUCAGCACAGGAGGGAACUGAACGGAAGCGAGUGUGACAUUUGCGGCGAUAUAGUCUCAGAAGGAGAGUGUCUGGAUCGAAAUUUUCUAGAAAUGUUGAAUUGUUCCAGAGACAAUUUACGACCAAUACUGGAGCUGUCUUAUGACUGGCUCAGGAGCUACAAGAGCUGCACCGAGAGCUGUUUUAACUUAAACGACGUCAGUUUGAUCUCGAACUAUCGGGAGUGCAAAGGGGAUCAGAUGCUGCAGUGGUGCGGGCACGGGUUCAAAACGAUUUUGGAAGUGAUGAUGCAGACGCACCCCAAUCAAAAGAACGUGGAACCUUUAUUGAUGGAUAUCAAGUUAAAUAAAACUGUGUCCAAGAUAAUUUUGGGUGAAGAUGGGAGUGUGUCGGUGCGUACCGAGGAUGGCGAAGAGUUUUGGGGGGAGCACGUCAUUUUCACUCCCUCCCUGGGGGUUUUAAAGGAUAAACACCAUGACCUGUUUUCGCCUAAAUUAUCAAGUGAUAAGCUGCAAGCGAUUGAUCGCAUCGGUUAUGGAGCAAUUAUAAAGGUCGCCCUGUAUUUUGACUAUAUGUGGUGGCUGAUCCACGGAUCCAGGAUAUGGGGUUGCAUAUGGAGCUCGCAGCACAAUGAGGAGCUAAAACUGGAAAACCUUUUAUGGGUCAAGCAAUUUACGGCCUUCACUGCGGCCCCUAAGAACCUUAAGGUCCUGAUCGCUUGGUUUGCAGGCGAAUCGGUUAAGGAAAUCGAGUAUUUGACCGAUCACGAGCUUCUGCGUGGGAUCAGGUUCAUAUUGAGCAAGUGUUACUUUCGCUACAUGGGAAUCGAUAUGCCUAAGAGGAUUUUACGUUCGAAAUGGUUGCGAAACCCUCAUUUUAAGGGCACUUACUCGUAUGAAUCGAUGAAAGGACUGGGCUAUCCGGAGGUGAGGAGUGAGUUAGGAAGUCCGGUGGUUAGUGAGGAGGGAGUGCCGAGGUUGUUGUUUGCUGGGGAGGCCACGCAUCCCACUAUGUUUGCCACAGUGCACGGGGCAAUUGAGAGUGGAUACAGGGAGGCUGAGAGGUUGAUUCAGUUGUAUGUCAGUGAGGAUAAUUAGGAGUCUUUUAGCAUGUACCUUUUUGAAUAGAAACUUAAAUAAAGACGUUUGGUUGAGUU